UCUGUGCAGUGCUCCCAAAGGUGAGCCAGCCACCGCAGCCCGGAUAGUGUCUGUCAGCUGUAUGCUGCGUGGGCAUAACGGAUUUAUGUGAACAUUUACGACUACGUCUAUAUGCUGUGUUGACCAAAUGUCUGUUGCCGCCACAGUGCGUAAUCAUGGCGGAACACCCCAAACACUUCCGGUGUCUAUUUCGAAAUACAACUCAUUAAACACAGAGGCGGCGUUUAUCGUGAUUCAGCAGGUAUCAGAUAAUUAAGCCAAUUAUUUUCUACUUUGCAUACACGAGGAACAAUUGCUCAAUGUUCACCUGCCUUAGCUUGAAUGGGAGUAAUUUGUAAACAUUUUUUGCAUUUACUCUGGUAGACACACUUCCUUUUCCGAUCUAAUCUUGUCGGAAAUUUGCUUUGCAGUUAAAAAGUAACACGACGAUUACGAGUUGUGAUAAUAAUAAGUGAAAAGUGCUUUUAAUGGCCAUUUUAUAAUAUAAUAUAAUGAAACAGACUAACCAGUCAACUGGUGAUAACACUUGUGCGACUGUGUCCGUUUUGGAAAAACGUUUGUAUAUAUUUUUGUUGGCCAGCUCCCCCCUCACAUCCAAAUCUUGUGACGUAACAGGGUGUCACCCAGUUUACUGCUUCCUGUUUUUGUUUGCCAGUAGACGUGGAUGAACUGUCUUCUGCUUAUUUUAGUGUAUAGUUAUCGGUUGUUCUGUCAAACGUUAAUUUUACAGAACGUUAAAGUUAAACGCCGAGCAAGAUGUCGGAAACGGGAAAUCGAUUACGAAGGCUGCUCGAGUCGCCCAAUUUCGACCCGCAGAACUACGUGAAGCAACUGUCCCAGCAGUCCGAUGGCGACAGAGACCUGCAGGAGCAUAGGCAGAAAAUCCAAAACCUGGCCGACGAAACGGCUCAAAACCUGAAGAAAAAUGUCUACAAGAACUACAGGCAGUUCAUUGAGACAGCCAAGGAGAUAUCGUACCUGGAGAGCGAGAUGUACCAGCUGAGCCACAUCCUGACGGAGCAGAAGAGCAUUAUGGAGAGCGUCACGCAGGCCCUCCUGUCCACGGACAAGGACGAGACUUCCAAGGAGAUGCAGGCUGCAUUCCCCAAAGAAACCGAGGAGGUGAAGCAGAGGACCCUGACAUCACUGUUGGAGAAAGUGGAGGGUGGUAAAAACAUCAUGGACACCCCUGGAAGGCACCUGGUGUACAAUGGCGACCUUGUGGAGUACGAUGUGGACAACAUGUCCCCCAUCCAGAAGGUGCACGCCUUUCUAAUGAACGACUGCCUGCUGAUAGCCACCUGGCUGCCCAACCGGCGCGGCACGGUCAAGUACAAAUACAACGCCUUGUACGACCUGGAGAGCUUUGCUGUGGUCAAUGUGAAGGACAACCCUCCCAUGAAGGACAUGUUCAAGAUCCUCAUGUUCCCAGACAGUCGCAUCUUCCAGGCGGAGAACAGCAAGAUCAAGAAGGAGUGGCUGGAGAUCCUGGAUGAAACCAAGAAGAACAAAGCCAGCAAGGACAGACGCAAGAAAGAGGAGGAGGUCCCGACGUCCCCCGUGAGGGCCGAGGUGUCCACCAACCCCUUUGACGAGGACGACAGCGAGCAAGCUGACACUGGGGAGAGUGUGGACCUCAGUCUGGAGUGGAUCCAGGAGCUUCCGGAGGAUCUGGACGUGUGCAUCGCCCAGAGGGACUUUGAGGGCGCCGUGGACCUGCUGGACAAGCUCAACGAGUACCUCAAAGACCAGCCGAUCACGCAGAAAGUCAAAGAGCUCAGGAACAAGGUGGACGAGCGUGUGCGGCAGCUGACCGAGGUCCUGGUCUUUGAGUUGUCUCCUGAUCGAUCCCUUCGAGGUGGACCCAAAGCCACCAGGCGGGCCGUGUCCCAGCUCAUCAGACUAGGCCAGUCCACCAAGGCCUGUGAGCUCUUCCUGAAGAACCGGGCAGUGGCGGUCCAGACGGCCAUACGCCAGCUUCGCAUCGAGGGGGCCACGCUGCUCUACAUCCACAAGCUGUGCAACAUCUUCUUCACCAGCCUGCUGGAGACCGCCAAGGAGUUUGAGAUGGACUUUGCCGGGAACACGGGCUGCUACUCUGCGUUUGUGGUCUGGUCCAGGUCCGCCAUGAGGAUGUUUGUGGACGCCUUCAGCAAGCAGGUGUUUGACAGCAAGGAGAGCCUGUCGACGGCGGCCGAGUGCGUCAAGGUGGCCAAGGAGCACUGCCAGCAGCUGACGGAGAUCGGCCUGGACCUGACUUUCACGCUGCAAUCGCUGCUGGUCAAAGACAUCAAGGCGGCGCUCCUCAGCUACAAGGACAUCAUCAUGGAAGCCACCAAGCAUCGCAACUCUGAGGAGAUGUGGAGGAGGAUGAACCUCAUGACACCCGAGGCCCUGGCCAAGCUCAAGGACGAGAUGCGCUCAAGCGGCAUGAGCACGUUCGACAUGUACACGGGCGUCGACUGCUGGGUGAACCUGAGCUACACGGUGGUGGCCUUCACCAAGCAGAUGCUGAGCUUCCUGGAGGAGGGCCUGAAGCUCUACAUCCCCGAGCUUCACAUGGUGCUGCUGGAGAGCCUGCGCGAGAUCAUCCUGGUGGCCGUGCAGCACGUGGACUACAGCCUGCGCUGCGAGCAGGACCCCGAGAAGAAGGCCUUCAUCGUGCUCAACGCCGCCUUCCUCCACGACACUGUGCUGCCCGAGGUGGAGCGCCGCUUCGAGGAGGGCGUGGGCAAGCCCGCCAAGCAGCUGCAGGACCUCAGGAAGAGCACUAGGCCCGUACGGAUCAACCCGGAGAGCACCACAUCUCUCGUUUGAAACAAUGUCAUUUUGGUUGGCCAUAUUAUUAGGUACCCACCACUUCAUUAGGUACACCUGCUUAUGUCAGGUGUAAAAGAAAGCCAACUGCUGCCAAACGUCUGCUCAAUUGAACACUCGCUCUCAAACUAUUGAGCAGCAAACAAUGUAACAUUUAUUAUUAUUUUGGAUGCUUAGAUUAUCAUUGGAUCAAAAGGGAUGACUGACAAGUGAAUGCAUAUUUAAAUGCUGUAUUGAUCAAAUGCGCAGGGAAAUAAAUGAUUUGUCAACAGUGCUCCAAUUUCAACUUAAAUGUCAGCCAGUGAUGCAGCAUUUGUACGUCAAAUCUUUCCUCUUCUGGUCAGUGCUGAUGCUAGACGACACUUUGAGUCUCACAACUAUUUUUAGUAGCGGUGCAUGAUUAUUAUCGGUUUGAUAUCAGGGAAUUAUGAUGUCAUACCGAUAAAUCCAAUAACCAAUAAUCAUUUUUAAUAAAUGAUCCAAUUAGGAAAGACUACACGUACUGUGCGGGUGAGCAAAUAUGUUGACGGCCUGUCGUAACUUCCCCUGAGCUCACUUGCAAACAUUCACUUUAAGAGUGAAUGUUACACAAAAAACCCUAUCAGCCACCCGAAACGCCAGUGUUGCGGUGUGUGAAAAGUGCAAAAGGUUUGCCAGAGACCUCAGUGGCGUCACACCGGCUGCUCGGAGCGUGUGCCCAAAUACAGUGCACCUUGCUGGGCCACGCCAAGUGUCUCCUCCUGCUCUAUACUGUAAUGUCUAGUGUAAUGUCAUGAUAUUUGCUUAGGGCAAAUCAACAGGUCCAGUUGGUCAAAUCCAAAUUUGUUCCAGUCCUUCUGACUACAGUUUAUACACUGGUGUGAAAAAGUGUUUGCCCCCUUCCUGAUUUCUUAUUUUUUUGUAUGUUUGUCACACUUAAAUCUCUCAAACAAAUUUAAAUUAGUCAGUGAUAACACAACAUAACACAAAAUGCAGUUUUUAAAUGAAACGUUCUAUUAUUGAAGGAGGAAUUAAAACCCAAAGCUACAUGUCCCUGUGUGAAAAAGUGAUUGCCCCCUAAACCUAAGAACUGGUUGGGCCCCCCUUAGCAGCAACAACUGCAAUCAAGCGUUUGUGAUAACUUGCAAUGAGUCUCUUACAGCGCUGGGGAGGAAUUUUGGCCCAAUCAUCUUUGCAGAAUUGUUGUCAUUCAGCCACAUUGGAGGCUUUUCCAGCAUGAAGCGCCUUUUUAAGGUCAUCCACAGCAUCUCAAUAGGAUUCAGGUCAGGACUUGGACUAGGCCACUCUGAAGUCUUCAUUUUGUUUUUCUUCAGCCAUUCAGAGGUGGACUUGCUGGUGUGUUUUGGAUCAUUGUCCUGCUGCAGAACCUAAGUUGGUUUCAGCUUGAGGUCACCAACAGAUGGCCGGACAUUCUCCUUCAGGAUUUUUUGGUUGACAGCAGAAUUCAUGGCUCCAUUUAUCACAGCAUGUCUCACCGCAGAAAAAAAGCCCCAGACCAUCACACUACCACCACCAUAUUUUACUGUUGGUGUGAUGUUCUUUUUCUGAAAUGCGGCGUUACUUUUACGCCAGAUGUAAUGGGACACACCUUCCAAAAAGUUCAACUUUUGUCAGACUACAGAGUAUUUACCCAAAGGUCUUGGGGAUGAUCACGAUGUUUUUUGGAAAAAUUGAGACAAGCCUUAAUGUUCUUUUUGUUCAGCAGUGGUUUUGGUCUUUGGUCUCUGCCAUGCAGGCCGUUUUUGCCCAGUGUCUUUCUUAUGGUGGAGUCAUGAACGCUGACCUUAACUGAGGCAAGUGCGGCCUGCAGUUCUUUGGAUGUUGUUGUGGGGUCUUUUGUGACCUCUUGGAUGAGUCGUCGCUGUGUUGUUGGGGUCAUUUUGGUUGGCCGGCCACUCCUGGGAAGGUUCAACACUGUUUCAUGUUUCCCCCCCAUUUGUGGAUAAUGGUUUGUGGUUUUUCUCACAGGGCCAUUAAAAUGGUUGUUUUGUCCACAAAUAAAAUAUCCUUCUUGUUUGUUAUUACAGUACU